AUCACAAAUGAAAAAGGAAAGAACAUUGUAGGUAUGAAAAAUAGGGCUUUACUGUCACGAUAUGAGCAGCCCUAUGAUACCUGAACGACAUGGGCAAUAUCAUGAUUUCUUCCCUUAAAGGAUCAAAAUCAUGAACUAAACAUGCUGAAAAUUGAAGCAGAGAAGCAAAUCCAUAAAGAUCUGGCAGGAAGACUCCCGCUCCAUAUAGUCAAUGUGUCGGCAUCGUGGCACCUACACCCACGUCUACGAGCGUGAACAUCUUCACCUGCAAAAUGAAACGAAUAUAUAGCCCAACUAGCGAGCUUCCACCAAGAACCCUCAACAGGGUGAGCAAGCCAAUAACAGUCCUACAAAAAGAACUACUAAAGCCAGCAGCAUCCCAGAGGACAGAUUAAACCCAGUCAACAAAACCACCAUCCCGAAGUGAACCCAAAGAGUUAGCCCGAUCAAAUGGCCCAAAAUGAAGGAUAGUGGGACGAGAGGUCUUCUGAGCCAAACAAAUAUCAAAAGCAGUAAAUGGAGUUAGGCGAUACAAAACUAAAUCCAAAAAGAACCAAAAGAAAAAUAAUAAAGAAUAACUAGCGUACCAACAGAAAUAAAAAACAAAUAAACCACUAAUUUAAAAAAAAAACAAAUAAAGGAUAACUAUCCCUGGUAUGAGCUAUCCAUGACCCAACUUUCCAUAAAAAUAUCAAAUUUACUGGCAUAGUUAGUAAAAUAUUGUAUAGGAAAGUUACGUAUAAAAUACGUACUGGUAUUUUACGUCUUCUCUAAGCUAAUGUUACGUUUAAUAGUACGUUAAUAUUCAUAAAUAUAUAAAUUAAAUUAUUUUAAAAAUAAAUAAAUAUGUAAAUAAUAGUAAAAUUAGCAAUUUAAUUCAUUAAAUACGGAUAUUAAACUUGAUAUACGGGUUUUAUACAUGUUUAGUACGGGAGACAUCAAAUGACGGAAAAAAUAAAACGGAUUCACAAUAAUAUGGAUACAGAAAUUUUAAACGGAUAAAAUACGUACGACUACACAUACGGGUAUUAAACAGAGUAUUUACUAACUAUGCUUACUGGUGGCACAGCGGGAACGGAUCAGGUUAGUAACCAUGAGUAAUCUGUCUACAUCAGCAUGACAUCAGUAUCUCUCUCUAUCAUGGAAAGUCUUUUAUCUUUUUCUCUUUUAUCUUUAACGAGCGAUUUCUCUCUCGUUUUAAGCCAAAAUUUAAUUUUUUAUACACAGAUAAAUUAGAUUAAAUGUGCUAUUUAAAAUGAUAUACACUUUGAUAUUUUUAUUACAAAAAAAUUGAAUAAUCUUUUACCAGUCAUUACCAUAUGGUAUGCUCCUAUUUAAUACCAUAUGGUAAGAAAGCGUAUCAUGAUGGUAUAAACAUACCAAUAUGGUAGGAAGGUUGAAUACAUGAUAGUAGGAGUAUACUAACUAUCAUUUACGACUUUCGUCAUUGUUUACUCCAAGUUACCACAAGUUACCACUCACAUACCAUAGUGGUAAAGUGUGGUAAUUUUUGGUCCAGUAUUUUUUUCACCCAUAAAUUUGUAGAUCCAAUAGAUCAUGAUGAACUCGUUCCUCAAACGUUUUCAAAAACGACUUAAAAACGAAAAAGUUAUCAUAUGGUAUGUAGUUGGUAAAAAAAAGUUUCUUGAAAUAUAUUGAAAAUUGAUCUCAUUGUGUAGAGCACAACGAACUCGUUCCAUCUGUGCAAAAAAAAAAAAAAAAAAAAACAAGUUAGAACGGAGAAGAUAAGAGCCGAUUAUGAAAACUAGGGAAAAUAAAAUGAUUUUAAUUAACAACCCUUAGAUCUGGAUUUUCUAGGCCCACUUAGACCUAAAUGUUCAGAUUUAGUUACUCAUAGACAUUAAUCAAUGGUUACAGAUCUUAUCCUAAGCCUGGCACCGCUGUGUGAGAUAAUGAUUAGCGAUAAGAACAAACACAAACAAGACACGUGUCGGGAAUGAGUGCAUCCAGCGGAUGGGCUCAUACACGAUGGGAUACAUGACCUCACCGGCACCGGAGACGACGGAAGCUUGGAAGAAACUCACCAAUCGGAAAGACACAUUGUGCACUAUCCAAUCAGCUUGCACAACGACGAUGAAAACUCAUGUUGAAUUAUCACACAGGGGGUCCCUAUAUGCGGCCGGGGAGUCAUUAUAAGACAUAAGCUCCGUCGGCGGCGAUGAGUAUUCAUGAUGUCUUGCUGGAGAAAAGACCGUAGCCUCUCUGGAUUAUGAGAGGCGGAGCAAACCAGAUGUCAAAAACACUGCAAAAGAGCAUAUCAAAAUUGGAAGCAUAAAAGGACUUCAUAGUCCCCAGGCAAACCAACGUGUCAAAAUGCCGCUAAGAUACGUCGCCGGAAAGUCGCACACAGGCGAUGAGGUCGAUGCCAAGAAGACAAGGAAUUAUCCCAUCUGGAGAUCCAUAAACUGAUAAUUGAUAAAGACAUAUAAACCCUAAGCCCCAGCAGAUUGAUAAUAGCAAAAGUAAAACCCUCAAUCCGAAGAAGGGGUUUCUUCGAUUCAUUUCGCAGGCCAUGGUCGUCGUUUCAACCGUCUCGCGCUCCGUCAUGCGCCGGCGGGCCGCCGGCAACCCUCUCCUCUCUCGCUCCUUCUCUUCCGCUGGGGCAGCCGCUGCCGUUCUCGCUGACGACGCUAAUCUUGAUCGAGGUUCUGGCCGCCGAUACGCCUCUUUUUUCCUUCCACUUCGAAGACUUAAUAUAACAAUACCAUGAUUUAAAGUAUAAGUUUUCAUUUACUUUUUAUCUCUUGAGCGCAUAAAAAUCCAGAAGAGUAGUUGAGAAAGCUAAGUAAUAAACAUGGCAAUAAAUUGAGAUACACGCACAAGAAACAGAUGCCUAAGGAGGGAGGUGAGUUGCAUCAGAGAGCAAUCCAUGAGUGCUUUUUCUCCUCACACUCAACCUUCUUUGUAUUCUUACAAGGGACUGCAAAUACCCUUUUCACUUCAGGGACAAGAGAAUCCGCAUCAUUGGAGUUCACCAUCGAGGCUUAAUGUUCUCGCCGCUUCCAAGCAAAGCAAAGAAGAAGGAAUCCCUUUUACCCUGUUCCCUUUUAUAUCCCACCCAUUCAAUAAAAAAAAAAGGUUCCAAAGCAAAUGGAUCAAAGAGACCACCAAUAUCUGGAGCCUCUCAGUAUAUGCAACAGGCUCUACAACUUCAUCAUGAGAUCUCUGGCGACGCAAGCCUUCAAAACCGUCACCUUAGGCUGCUCAUCGUCGUCGCAACCUCACCAUUUCGUCGCUAAAGGUCAAAGCGAAACUGUUGCUAAAGCGACUCCAUUUGAGAAGGAUCAAACCAAUGUGUCAAAAGAACCCGAUCAUUUGGCCACAUUUUGCUCUUCUUCUAGCGGUGAUCAUAAACAAGAUGGCAAAAUGACAUCUCGAGCUGAUCUCGGUGAAGAGAAGAGUGAUGCAUCGGUUAGUUUUGAGAUGAUCAAGUCACAAGAUCAGGAAGCUAGGUCGAUAGGGGGUACUUCUUUGCGUUGUUUGCUUGCUGCUGAAGCAAAACCACCCAAGAAAGUUGUGAGCAUAAAUGACAGGGUUGAGGAGAUAGAUGUGGGUAAGAAGAAGAAGAUUACAAGGAAGGGAUCAAAUGUAAAUUUGGGUUCAUAUGAAGGGCAAGGAGAUGGUGAAAAGCCUUUGAGAUCAAUUCUCAAAGUUGGUACCAAGAACUUGGGUGGAAAAGCAAGUUCCUUUGCCAGUUAUUCCUUCUAGCUAAUGAUUAAUCGAUUCAUUUCAAAUGUAUAUGCAUAGCAAUUGGGAUAGAUGUGGUUAUGUAGAUAUGGGGAUAUCAUAUCUUCAACUUAAACAAUAAAAAUAACAUAUGUGAAAAAGUUUAAUUUCAUAUUUCUUCUUUUAGUUCUUGAUGACUUCAACAAUAUCGAGUACAAGAGUAUAUGGUUUUAUUUAAUUUUAAAGAAAAUUUAUCAAUCAUA